AUAACACUGUAGAGACCACAGGCAGAGUAAGGAAGUUAAAGCGUGUGGUGACCUCAUCUUUCAUAGUAUUUGCAGGGAAGUGAAAAUGAUGCCUGAAGAGUGAGACACUUGUUUGAGACAGAUACAGAGUGUGAAAUAGAUACUGCUCAAGCCAAACAUGGUCAGAGAACCACCAUGGCCUGUGGCAAUGUUGACAUGGACAUCCAUGGAGAUAAUGAGGACCCACAUAGAGCCGGCUGGAGAGAGCCGCUGAGAAUACAGCAAUACCAAGCUUCAGAGUUCGUACCAGAAAAAGAAGGGCCGCUGCAUAACCUGCUGCAGAAACAACCUGCUGUGUUGGGGUCUCUGCAGAUGGUGAGCGGACUCCUCAGUGUUGGAGUGGGACUUGUUUUUGCUGUAACACAGAACAUGGGAGAGUCCUUUUUCACUCUGUUCAGAGUUUCCCUCCUGACUGGAGCACUUUUCAUCAUUGCUGGAAUUGUUUCCAACCUGUUGUUCAAAUGUCCAAGAUUACUACCUGUGUCCAUCAUGGUCAACUGUGGCUCUAUUAUCAUGGCAGUAAUUGCAUGCUGUCUGAUAAGUGUUGACCUGUCUUACUGGAAUCCAGAAAAUGAUCAGCAUAUGAAGAUGGAGCUGCUUGUGCUUUUUGUGUUGGUGCUUGAGGUUCUUCUCUCUGCAACCCUCUGCUUCUGGUUCUUCAAAGAGAAACGUGCCAAAUCACCAUGAUCAAGUUGUUUUAACAAUUUGAGAGGAAAUCUGAGAAUUUAAUACUUUAAAUUAACUGUUUCGGUACCAUGGAGCUGCAUGUUAGUGCUGAAAGGAAGUGUCUGUAUUAGCAUAUGUUUUAUGUUUUUUGUACAUUGUGUGGCUUUCUGUAGUGUUUCAAUUACCUAUAUUAGAGUUGAAAAACUCUGCAACAGCCUAGGCUGUGGUCUGAUCUGAUGUUUGACUUGGGCUGAGAAUACAAGACUUGUGGUAAACAAAAUGUCAGCUUCUCUCAUGCGAAAAAAAACCCGCUUCUUUAUCCUCCUCAGUCUCUGUGUAACGGUAGCAGUGGGUCUCAUAGGGCUGUUCUAUCCGUCAGUCCGCAAGGGUCUUAUGUGUGGUUUUACACUCGUGCUUGGUUAUCAGUGGAAAUAUCUGCAACUUGUUUUCAGCUGCAUUCACACUUUCAGCUGGUUUCACAUUUAGAAAGCUUUACUGAACUAUGAAGGAUUUGUUUAUUGUUGGCUUGGUUUUUGUUUCCAGCCGUUGCAAUCAGUAGCCACUUAGUUGACUUAAAGUCAAUCUUAACUGUGCCAAAGAAAUCAAUACAACAAAAUGUUUUAAACAUUUUAAUAAUCUGUACAAACUUGUCAUAACAUUGUCUGGAUUGAUCUGCCUGCUAUUUUUUUGUUUUGUAAAAUACAUAAUAAAAAAACUCAUCUACAAUAUAAACAUUAAUUCAUACCUAGUUAAGUAAAACAAAUGUACAGAACACUGACGUACCAUUAUGGCAGUGUAUAUUAUGUGUCAAUUUCCAAUUUACAGUAUCAGAAUGAAAUGUCAUAUAAUAGUUGCGCUUCCUUGAUUAAAGUCUUAGUGCUCUGCA